UUACAGACAGAUUUACAUGUGUUGGAGUCCAGACCAGAAGCACUUCUGAAUUAAGAUCCCGGAUUCUCUGUGGCAGCGUUGAGAGCACGAGGACCUGAGGAUGAGCGAGCUUGACCAGCUCCGGCAGGAGGCCGAGCAGCUCAAGAACCAGAUCAGAGAUGCUCGGAAAGCAUGUGCAGAUGCAACUCUCUCACAGAUCACAAACAACAUUGACCCAGUGGGAAGAAUUCAGAUGCGCACCAGGAGGACGCUGAGGGGGCAUCUAGCCAAGAUCUACGCCAUGCACUGGGGCACAGACUCCAGGCUCCUGGUCAGCGCCUCACAGGAUGGGAAACUCAUCAUCUGGGACAGCUACACCACAAACAAGGUCCACGCCAUCCCCCUGCGCUCCUCCUGGGUCAUGACCUGUGCUUACGCCCCCUCUGGGAACUACGUAGCCUGUGGCGGCCUAGACAACAUUUGCUCCAUCUACAAUCUGAAGACUCGCGAAGGAAACGUUCGUGUGAGCCGUGAGCUGGCAGGACACACAGGCUACCUGUCCUGCUGCCGAUUCCUGGACGACAAUCAGAUUGUCACUAGCUCUGGAGAUACCACGUGUGCACUGUGGGACAUCGAGACUGGCCAGCAGACAACCACAUUCACUGGACAUACUGGGGACGUCAUGAGCCUGUCUCUGGCUCCUGACACCAGACUCUUUGUCUCCGGUGCCUGUGAUGCUUCGGCGAAGCUCUGGGAUGUUCGAGAAGGCAUGUGCCGGCAGACCUUCACUGGCCAUGAGUCUGACAUCAAUGCCAUCUGUUUCUUUCCAAAUGGCAAUGCAUUUGCUACCGGCUCGGAUGAUGCUACCUGCAGGCUCUUCGACCUCCGCGCAGACCAGGAACUCAUGACCUACUCCCACGACAACAUCAUAUGCGGGAUCACCUCCGUGUCCUUCUCCAAAAGCGGGCGCCUCCUUCUCGCUGGGUACGACGACUUCAACUGCAACGUAUGGGACGCCCUCAAAGCUGACAGGGCAGGUGUCUUGGCUGGACAUGACAACCGCGUCAGCUGCCUGGGGGUGACUGAUGAUGGCAUGGCUGUGGCGACAGGAUCCUGGGACAGCUUCCUCAAGAUCUGGAACUAACAGCAGUAGCAGGUGGACGCCACAGUGACUGGAAGACCGUUCCAACCUUGAAGCGCUACCGUGAUAGCAUAUCUUAUCCGCCCCACUAACGUGGACACCCACACCCCUCAGAACUUCAAAGGGCAAGAUCUUUUCUCCUUCACUUAUUGCUGAAACCAAGAGCACAAUUCCCAUUGAGAGAAGGAUCUCUGUGCUGUAAACUAAAACAAAUUGUGCAUUCCUUCCGGGGCCAUUGUCUUUGUUUUCUUUUUUGUCUUGGAUGAAUUUUAAAAGGAAAAACUACAAUAAAAAUGUUAACCAGAAGGUAAACCUGAGUGUAAUUGUGAGACAGACAUGCCUCUCUACUAGCUCACCGAAGAGUAGACAGUGACCCUAUUCUGUGGCAUUCAUGCAAAACAAGUCAAGGAUUUUAUCUUGUAAUCAUUUCUAAAUUUCAUGUUGUGUUUGUAGGAGGAUUUUGGAAACAUUCACAUUUCCUUUUUUAAAUAUAUUUCCUUCUGUCCCAACAGUGGAACAGAACCACUGCUGGGGGCAGGUCUCUGGCGUGACAGGGAUGCUGUCUGGUCCCUGGCCUUUUACUCCUGUGUUGCAGAUGAGUGUCGUGUGCACAUACACGGCGUAAUGGAGGAGAGCAAAGUGGCCCAGCGCAUGCUAGCUCAGUGGUGGGCGUGGUCAGAGUGCUUCCCCCUUGUGCCCUGUCCAGCCCUGUUCCUCUCGCCUUGGGUUCCUGAGAAGUCUAAUGGCCCAGCACCGCCCUGCCCUCGCUGUCAGGAGCCUGCUCGAGAGGCCUGUCCUGUGCUCAGAUAGUCAGUUGGUUAUUUGUGUAUGAAACAGUGUACAAAUCAAUGUUUUGAAAAUAAUGAUCUCACACUUUCUAAGUUAAAUUUUAAAAAUUUGAUUGUUUGCCAUAUUGGGUGGGUUUACUCUUAGAAUCGCAUGCUGUAGAAAUGCUCAAAAAUGCAUAUAGGACUCAGUCCUUAGAUGUUCUUUUUCUUUCAAGAAAUAACCUCUUAAAGUUGUAACCGUGGCGGCUCUGUCCACUUCUGUUGCUACUCUGCAUACAUAUCGGAAGCAGCUAGUGCUCUACACGCUUGAGUAGCAGGAUGAGUCAGUUUUCUUUACUUUAAAAAAACAAAAAAACAGUCCUGUUGAGAGCUGUUGCUAUUGGAUGCUGAGGGGGAGGGGGAGGAAGGAGGGAAGGAGCGCCCAACCUGCAGUGCUGGGACAGCAGUGUCUGUAGGCCCCUCCUCCCUGUCCCACACCCCUCCUAGCAGCAGUAGUGGCUUCGCCAUCCCAUCCCACACAUCCUGUACAAACUGUGCUGUGACCGUGCAGUAGGCCUGGAUCUGGCAAUGAGAACUCAACGAAGCCCCUUCUCUUCCCAUCAGAUGACUGUAGAGCUCUCUGCACCUUCACCCUUUUCACCUUUUGUAUUUAAUUUUAAAGUCAGUGUACUGCAAGGAGGCUGGAUGCAAGAUAGAACCUAUAUUAAACUGUACUGUUAUUUAAGAUGUAAUAAAGCAGUUUGACAUGAG